UUAUAAAUUUGUGAAAGAGUAAAGACAACAAGAACACCUUGUGAACGAGUCAGAACGACUAAAUAAAGUUCUUAAACUGCGGUUUUUUUUUGCCAUUUGAUAUUAUAAAAAAUGUUGCGAUUUUCAAAAACGAUAUUUAUUCCAUUGAUUGCUUUCCCAAUUCUAAUCGCUACUCAUGGGUUCCAGAACAAGGGGCCGAGUGCGAGUUGGGUUGAGCACAUCCUUGGAACCUCUUGGUUGCAUUUCCUGUUUGAAAUUUCCCUCACCGUUUACAUUGUUUUUCUGGGAGUUCAUGGCAUGAAGCGAGCCAGUACAAAUGUCCUACAAGAAUCCCUUAAUCAGUUAACUGCCAAGGAGAAAGAAACGCUGAUAAAAGAAUGGAAACCUGAUCCUCUUGUGCCUGUUCUCCAAGUGGAUAAAUCGAAAAGAAUGGCUUCACACCGACCUCAACUGGUCUGCGAAGGAAAAGUUGGGAAAUAUGUUAAGAUAAAUGGACGAUCUUACCUGAAUUUAGCCAGCUACAACAUUCUGAACUUCGUUGGGAACAGCCAGUUAGAGGAAGUUGCCAAAAAAACAAUAAAAAGCUAUGGGGUUGGAUCAUGUGGGCCCCGCGGAUUUUAUGGAACAAUGGAUGUCCAUUUGCAACUGGAGGAGAAACUGGCCCAGUUCAUGGAAUGUGAAGAAGCAAUUUUGUACUCCUAUGGAACGGCGACUAUCUCCAGUGCCAUCCCGGCAUACGCUAAACGCGGUGAUCUGAUUUUCGUUGAUGAAGGAGUGAAUUAUGCUAUCCAGCAGGGUCUCACUGUCAGUCGGAGCACGUUGAAGUACUUUCGGCACAACGAUUUGAAGCAUUUAGAAUCCCUUCUGGAAGAUCUUCAGCGAAGUGAUCAGAUUGCCCUUAAUAAGCCACGUCGAAAAUUCUUCGACCGUGAUGACGUUGACCAUCCAAGUCGCCGGCGUGUUUUCCUGGUCGUUGAAGGUUUAUAUGCCAAUUACGGUGAUCUGAGCCCGCUGCCGCAGCUGAUUGCCUUGAAAAAGCGAUAUAAGUUCCGCAUAUUUCUGGACGAAACGUACUCCAUUGGUAUUGUUGGUCGCACUGGUCGCGGAGUGACAGAACAUUUUGGCGUUAAGCGAGAAGAUGUAGACCUUAUUGCCGGCUCACUGGAGCAUUCGUUGGGAUCAACUGGAGGAUUUUGUUGUGGUUCGUCUUUUAUAAUUGACCACCAACGUCUGUCGGGUCUGGGAUACUGUUUUUCGGCCUCUUUGCCUCCGCUUUUGGCAUCAGCUGCAUCCGCUGCCUUGGAUAUUGUUGCUAAUAAGCCCGAAAUGUUUGAGCAGUUGGAAGUAGUUUCGUUAGCCAUGCACAAGCGAUUAUCGAACAUUCCUGGUUUGGUACUCGAUAGCUGGGAUGCAUCGCCCAUUAAGCACCUCCGCUUGCAGAAUCCCAAUGGAACUCUGGAGGAACAAUAUGAGACAUUGAACAGAAUAGUGGAACAUGUCUUUCAGAACAGUCGUGUGGUGAUUCUUACUGCUAAAUAUUCGCCCGAUGAACUUAUUCCUGUGACACCAAGCAUCCGCGUAAUUGUCAAUGUGGAUCUCUCUGAAGACGAAAUGGACCAAGCCGUGGACGAUCUAAAAAAGUCAUGUGCGGAAAUCUUAUCAAAACAUCCGCUGGUCCAGUAAAACUGCUUCUAUCCAUGCAGGCUGCAGCUAUGCAUUCCUAGUGAAGCAAAUCAAAGAGCCUACGUGACAGCCAUUUUUAAUUGUUGAUGCUUUUGACUUUGUUACUAGUAUUUUUGUAGAGUUAUUUCUUUGAGCUGCCUGUCUGUUUUUUUAGAAACAUAUGAACAAAUUUUUGGGUUUAGUUGUUGUUCUCAGCUUUCUCAGUUUCGAUCAGAAACGUGGUAGAAACGCGAAUCCCGAGAUUUUGGUUCAAUAAAUAAUAUUUGCACAAGCCUUCCAGG